UGAUGUGUUUUAAGGAGGUGUGCCCAGAGUCUCUCUCUCCUCCACCUCCUCCUCUCGGCUGCUGAUCCGCGGGGUCUCGGUGCGCUCAGACGCUCUCUGCGUUCACACUCGUAGGACCCCCGAUGGCCUCCAUCCACUGGGACUGCGUUCACCAGACCUCCAAUUUCAAGCUUCCCUAGCAUAGGCACGACUCGAAAACCGACUGCUGGAAUACCGCAUUGUUUCAUAAUUUCCCAAAGAGGAAGGUGAUGAUGAUGAUGAUGAUGAUGGUGAUGAUGCCGCGAUGGUGGAUUUCCCUUUUGUGCGUCUGUGGAUUGAUGCGCGUCGGGCACCAGAGCGGCUUUAAUCCUCGGAAUGCGGCGAGCUGGAAGGAUCUCCGCGAUGAAAGCAGGUCGGUGGGGAAGGAGGACACGGUGCCUCUCAGACUGCUCUACAGCAGACACAACCACAGCCAGAUCGGCCAGGAUGAGCUCAGCACCAGGGUGAAAGGAAGCGCAGCAUCCACACAGGUGAACCAUGUGGCUCAGGCCAGUUUCCAAGUCGACGCGUUUGGCAAAAAACUGAUCUUGGAUGUCGAGCUAAAUCAUGAUCUGCUGUCAUCUGGAUACACAGAGAAGCAUGUGACGGAGAAAGGAAAGGCAGUAGUCACCAAUGGAGGGGAGCACUGCUACUAUCAGGGGAAAGUCCGAGACAUCCCUCACUCCUUCGUGGCUCUCUCAACAUGCCAUGGACUCCAUGGGAUGUUUUUCGAUGGCAAUCACACCUACAUGAUUGAACCUGGAGGAGCAGGAAGCAGCAAUGGCAAUGUUCACAUGAUAUAUAAAUCUGGAGGACAAGAGGGGCUCCAUGAUCUUUUAGGGGAUCUGCCAGAACCACCCUUUCCCAGCCCUCCAUUUCCUGGAUCAAAAGUUGUUCACAAAAGGAGAAAGAGACAGAUUCCUCAUGCAUCAAGAGGUGUGGAAAAUGAAACCAAAUACAUUGAGCUGAUGGUGAUCAAUGAUCAUUUAAUGUACAAGAAGCAUCGUCUUUCUGUUGGACACACAAAUAACUAUGCGAAGUCAGUGGUCAAUAUGGCUGACAUGAUUUUCAGGGAACAGCUUAACACCCGUAUUGUGCUGGUUGCUAUGGAAACCUGGUCAGCUGACAACAAGUUCAACAUCGACGACGACCCCAUGGUGACACUGAAGGAGUUCAUGAAGUACCGGAAAGAUUUCAUCAGGCAGCAUUUCGAUUCAGUGCACCUUUUUUCAGGGAAUCGUUUCCAUAGCCGCUGGGGAGGAGCUUCAUACAUGGGAGGAGUCUGCUCACUGACUAAAGGAGGUGGAGUGAAUGAGUAUGGGAAAACUGAUGAGAUGGCAAUCACCCUGGCUCAGUCUCUGGGUCAAAACAUUGGCGUAUUCACAGACAGGAGACGAUUCCUGAGCGGGGAGUGUCACUGUGAGGACCGUUGGUUAGGCUGCAUUAUGGAUGACAUUGGCUUCUACCUGCCCAAGAGGUUCUCCGUCUGUAACGUGGAGGAGUAUCAUAACUUCCUGAACGCUGGAGGAGGAGCCUGCCUGUUCAACAAGCCUCUCACUCUGUUGGACCCUCCGGAUUGUGGUAAUGGCUUCGUAGAACUCGGAGAAGAGUGUGACUGUGGAAGUCCUGCCGAGUGUGCCAGAGAGGGAGACAACUGCUGCAAGAAGUGUACGCUGACUCAGGGAUCCAAAUGCAGUGAUGGACUGUGCUGCAACAACUGCCAGAUGGAGUUUGCAGGUGUUGUGUGCCGAGAGGCAGUCAAUGACUGUGAUAUCCCCGAAAACUGCACCGGCAUCUCGAGCCAGUGUCCACCGAACGUUCACAAAAUGGAUGGUUAUACAUGUGAGAAGGACCAGGGUCGCUGCUUCAAUGGCCACUGCAAAACUAAAGACAGGCAGUGCAAGUACUUAUGGGGUGAAAAGGCAACAGCAGCGGACAAGUUCUGCUAUGAGAAGUUGAACAUCGAGGGAACAGAGAAGGGAAACUGCGGAAAGGAAGGAGACACUUGGAUCCAGUGUAACAAACAGGAUGUUCACUGUGGCUACCUGCUGUGCUCCAACAUUUCACCGGCGCCUCGCCUCGGAGUCCUCCAGGGAGGGAUGACCUCCUUCUCAUUGGGCUGGCACAGUGCCUCACUGGAUUGCAGUGGCGCUCAUGUGCUGAUCGAUGGCGACACUGAUUUGGGCUACGUGGAGGACGGCACGGCCUGUGGCACAGACCGGAUCUGUUUAGACCACAAAUGUCUUCCAGUGGAACAGUUCAACUACAGCACCUGCCCUGGCACCACUAACCAGAUCAUCUGCUCUGGACAUGGGGUCUGCAGCAAUGAGCUCCAGUGUGUGUGCUACCUUGGCUGGAUGGGCGAGGACUGUAACUCAACGUCUCCCCUCGGCUUCCUUGUUGUUGGACCCACUGCUUCAGUGUCUGGUAUCACCAGCACCAACAUCAUCAUCAGUGCUAUUGUGGGCUCCAUCCUUUUCCUGGCCUUAAUCUUGGCUGUCACAGCCUGGUGCUACAAGAGCUACAAGCAAAAGUGCUACGUUGAAUCUGAAGUUCAUCGAAGAUUCUGUCGGCAAAUGCCUCCAGGUGAUUAUGUCACCAAGCCCAGUGAUGCAGACUCCUUCUACAGCGACAUGCCUCCUGGCGUGAGCACAAACUCUGGCUGCAGCUCCAAGAAGAGGUCAGCCUGUCUGUCCCACCUGCAGAUUUGCACUGAUCCGUCCUUCACUCCAUCCAUCCCAUCCAUUACUCAGAAAAUUUCAGUCUUUGGCUUCAGGUCCAACGGCUUGUCCCACUCGUGGAGCGAAAGAAUUCCAGACGCCAAGCACAUCGCUGAUAUUUGCGAAAAUGGACGACCCAGGAGCAACUCGUGGCAAGGAAACCUGAGCGGCAACCGUAAAAAACUGAAAGGGAAGAAGUUCAGAGCUCGAUCCAACUCCACAGAGUAUUUAACCCCUCGACUCAAAUCAGAGCUUUCUGAUGUAACUAAAUGGGUCGAAGAUGUGAAUAAAAACACUCACCGUCCGUUCCUUAGGACGCUGUCUCCGGCCAAGUCACCCACCUCCUCCACUGGAUCCAUCGCGUCCAGCAGGAGAUACCCGUACCCCAUGCCCCCCCUCCCUGAUGACCAGAGGAAGGCCAACAGGCAGAGCGCCAGGCUGUGGGAAACUUCAAUAUAAGAGCUCGCUCGUGACGCCGCGAUGGAACUACCCUUCUCUCCUUUUCUAUGAAUGAAAUAAACACACACGAUAAAGAAGCAAAAUGGACUCUGGACACCAACACAGAGAGAGCGCAGGAGAGAGAGCUGGCUGGAGUGACCAAGCUUCUCUUCGUCUGUGUCAGCAGACCACCACCAUGGAUCUGAGGAGCUUCAGGAGAACACAGCUCCACGUUCAGUCCAGACCAGCUGGAGCUCAGACUGUGCUGUUCCCGUCUGCUCAGGCAUCAACCUCCACCACUCCUCCAUCAUCCUCACUUCGCUUCCCAAGUGUCUGUCUCUGGAUUUAUAGAAACACUGAAGCAUGAGUUAAACAGCAACUUCCCCUGCUGGUCAGAAGAAGAACAGCAGUCUGAUCUAGAAGGAAAGCAUGUGAGGGCAGCGACCUUUUCUCUCUCCACUAUAGGAACCAUGAAUGCAUCACCAGUCAUGAUGAAGACCCUCCUCCUCUUCCUCGGGCUUGUUAGUGAGUGUGUACAUAUGUACAGUAACUACACACAGAGUUGUUUGGCUGUGACUUUGUUUCUCUCUAUCCACAGCAGAAUGUCUUUUAUAUGAUCAUUUUCAUCUUCUCUGGGACACACAUUCAGUUUAAGAUGUUGAAUGUGGCACGAGAAUGUUGACCAACCGCGUACCAUUCGUGUUAUUCAGCUGAAACUUUCAAUGACAUUCUGGCUUGAGCCAGCCUUUUUCCCGUAGAUAGGAUGGACCUGGACUUGUUUUGUUGUGAUAGAAAGUUUUACCGCAGGAAAUAGCGAUUGAAAAAUGCACUUUGGGUAGACUUUGAAGGCGAUGUCUGGCUUGCUCGCGAUGCUGUAAAUGCUUGUUGUUUGAGCUUGAAUAGACCAACGGCAUGACGGUUAGCGUUGGAGAACGUGUGGGCCUCCAGCAUGUCAUUUGAAAACAAUCAUUCAUGUUGAUUUAAGGGGUUCCAACAAGUACUAAAACUAUCCUAAGAUCAGCUUCAGUAGCGCUAUUUCAUUCACAGUCAUUUAAAUGUUGGACUCUAGUGAGAUGCCACUAAGGUGAAUGCUGGACUUCCCUGCUGAAAACACUAGUAUUAUUAGCUUAGCAUCAGCUCCAUGGUAGAACUUUAAUUCUUUAAUGUAACUACGAAAAAAAUGGUAUUUUAAACGGCAUUUUCAACCAAACUUUAACAGUAAUUUUGAACCAUACGCUAUUGGAUUUUCAACAAUAAUGCCAAGUCACCUUCACCACAACUUUUUUCAUGCUAACCGCUGUAGCGGUCAACACGCAAGAGAGCUCAUUCUUUCAGCUACAGAAUGAAAACUUUAGGAAUUAAAAUGUCUGUCUGCUAUGGAUUUUCUUCAAAAAUAUUUUGAUUUGCAAGGCUAAUUUUUACGCAAUGUUUAUUUUUAAAAUACUCUGCUGAGUUGCUAACACAGGACGCUAACACCACCUUCUUCAGACGUGGCUGGGGAUGCUAAUGCUUGCAUUGUUAAAUAGCGCAGCUUUAAAAUUGUGUUUGAAUUUGUCAGCAGAAAUGAUACUUUGAAUAGAGCAAAAAUCCAACUUGCAUUGUGAACAGUCCGAUUCCAACAAUUCCAUGUACAUUCCCCUCAUUUCACUAGUCUGUUGUUUACAUCUGGUUUCACAGGCAGGUGUAGUUCAACUCUGCUGUAGACUGUAGUUCCACGUCGGAUGAUGAAUGUCUUUUGUUUCCAUUAGAAGUCUUUGUGAAGUUCACUUGUGUACAGCAACAGGUCUGACAGUAAAUAAGUGCUUUAUUGUGACUAGUUUGGCGAGGGCAGAUUGUGGGAGUGCUCUUCUCCCACGAGGUCGUCUGAACCAAGCCCCUCCCUCCUCCUUUAGUGGAUCUCUGACCCGAAGUCUUCAUUUCACCAUCACAGUUGUGUUCUGCAGCGGGACGUCCAGACUGCACGGAGACUCGAAUGUAUUCAGAUUCUGGAACAAUCCCAGUCUGAACCACCUGAUCCCAACACCUCCCCAAAUGCUCCUGGUUCAAUAUAAAUAUGCUGUUGCUGAUUUUUUUAAUUUUUUUAUUUUCCUAUUUGCUGUACAGACCGCACCCUGCCUCUCUUUUUAGUUUAAUGUCCUCAUUAUUCUGUAUUGUAAUAUAUUUACUAUAAAAUAAACGUUCAAUUUCAA